GGCAAAAGAAAUUGGGUCCUGUAUGUACUACCCAGCGUUCCGGGAGGACAUAUCCAAUGGUCUGAUUGUCACCUGAUCCACCUCCCUGUGGGGCCUAAACUGGGUCCUCCGGUUCCCUGGAGAUUCGCUCACUUGCUCUUCUGGAAUUAGUUGCCAUCAAGGGCUCUCUCCUCCCUGUCUCCUUACACGGUUCUGCUUAUCUGGACAGUAGCUCUUGGCCAAGACCUGGCAGUGGAGAGCCAUGGACCAGUGCAGCCUUGGGGACGAGGGUACCCUCCCAUCAGAAAUGCACCUCCCUUCGUUUUCCGAGAGCCCAGGGCUCCACUGCAGUGACACCCUCAGCCGGGCUCUGGGUCCCAGCCCUCGAGACCUGCUCUACACUGGCCUGAGUGGUUUGGACUCGGACCCCAGCCUCCCAACACCUGACAUGCCCAGUGAGGCGCUUGAGGACAACUUAGACACCGUGUCCUAUUCGGGGAAGGACAGUGAUUCUGUGAAGCUGCUGGAAGAGUAUGCAGACUCGGAGCCUCAGGCAUCCUUACAAGACCUGGGCCUAGGCGUGCUGAAGGCUAAAGAGGCUGACGAUGGAGGAAGGGCCACCUCGGGGAGCGCCCGGAAAGGAAAGCGGCAGCACAGUUCCCCUCAGCACCCGCUUCUGGACUGCAGCCUGUGCGGGAAGCUGUUCAGCAGCGCCAGCUCUCUGAGCAAGCACUACCUGACGCACAGUCAGGAGAGGAAGCACGUCUGCAAAAUCUGCAGCAAGGCCUUCAAGCGCCAGGACCACCUGACCGGGCACAUGCUCACCCACCAGAAGACAAAGCCCUUCGUGUGCAUCGAGCAGGGCUGCAGCAAGAGCUACUGCGACUACCGCUCUCUGCGCCGGCACUACGAGGUCCAGCACGGCCUGUGCAUCUUGAAGGAAGCCCCCCCAGAGGAGGAGGCCUGCGGAGACUCCCCUCACGCCCACGAGUCUGCUGGCCAGCCGCCCCCCAGCAGUCUGCGGUCCCUGGUGCCCCCAGAGGCCAGGUCCCCUGGCUCCCUCCUGCCCCACCGGGACCUCCUCCGCCGCAUCGUGAGCAGCAUCGUCCACCAGAAGACCCCUUCUCCUGGCCCGGCCCUGGUGGGGGCUUCAGAUAGCGAAGGGAGGAACACGGCCUGUCCCUGCCCCGCCUCCUCAGGGUCUUCCUCCUGCACCCCAGCCGACCCCGCCGCGGCUCCUGCAGAGCUGGACACCGAGCUUCCGGAGGAGCCUCGCCUACCGCAAAAGGAGCCAGCCGCUGACGUGUUCACCGCCCCUAAUUCCAGAGCCGCUGAGAACUGCGCACCCGACCCGCCGGAGCCAGAUCCCGCGCUGCUCCAGGCCCUGUCCACCGCGGAGGGCUGGCCGGAGGGCGGUUCCGUGCCCGCCUGCCUGCCUCUCUUCCGAGGCCAGACGGUCCCUGCCAGUUCCCAGUCAUCGAGCCACGGCUUCCAGUGGCUCCGGAACCUGCCGGGCUGCCCCAAAAGCAAAGGCAACAACGUGUUUGUUGUCCACAAGCCCCCCGCCGUGCUGUCACGGGAAGGUUCCGAGUCUGGCCCGGGGACCAGCAGCGCCGCCCCAUCGGAGGAGCCCCCGCACGGCCCCAGUGGCUGCCUGGAGGAUGCGCUGCCCUUCCCUCCCCCGCUCCUGAAGGCCUCCGGGGAGGCCCCGAGUGACCCCAGGCCUGCCAGCGGGGAAGAUGACCCCUGGGCCCCCAAGAAGAGCAAGUUCGACUGCGACUCUUUCCUGUGCCAGAACCCUGGGGAAGCUGGCCUCCUGGAGGCCCAGAAGCCAGGGGGGCUCCCGGCGGAUGCCACGCCACUCUUCCGCCAGCUCUUCCUCAAGUCGCAGGAGCCUCUGGUGAGCCACGAGCAGAUGCAGGUGUUCCAGAUGAUCACCAAGUCCCAGCGGAUCUUCUCCCACACCCAGGUGGCCGCAGCCUCCUCCCAGCUCCCCGCACCCGAGGGUAAGCCGGCUGCUCUGAAGCCGCUGCAGGGGCCAUGGCCGCAGCAGCCCCCUCCUCUGACUCCUGCUGUUGACUCUGUCCACGCCGGCCCUGGAAACCUGGAGGCAGAGGGCUCCCCGGCCCGCAGGAGAAAAACCACGUCCGGGGUUCCCAGAGAGGCCUCCCCCGGCAGCUCGAGACGAGACGCAAAAGGGGUACUGAAAGUGGCCCCGGUUCCAACGCCCCUUGCAGUGCCGUCUCUGGACCCUUCCAGGAAUCCAGAAAUAUCUUCUCUGGCCAAGCACUUGCGAUCCUCGAAAGGGACCUUGGAGCUGGGGGACAUCUUCUCCCCCACAGCCUCCGCAGGCCAACGGCAGACCCAGUUAGGUGGGGAGGAGCCACCCGGAGCCCCGCUGCCAGGGAAGCAGGCCCCUGCUGAGAAUGGCACAGCGUCAGGGACCACGAAAGGUGAGAAGGGCCCAGCCGGCUCCCGGGGCGGAAGCUACCGGCUCCUGGGCAACCCCAGGGCCCAGCGAUUCUCCGGCUUCCGGAAGGAGAAGGUGAAGAUGGAUAUAUGCUGUGCGGCUUCUCCGAGCCAGGUAGCCAUGGCUUCCUUCUCGUCGGCCGGGCCUCCGGCAGAUCCCUCCCGAGACUCCACAUCCAAGCUGACAAUAUUCAGCAGAAUCCAGAUGCAUUUUCAUCUUCAGGGUGGAAACAUCUACAGGCUUCCCCAUCCAGUGAAGGAAGAGAACGUGGCAGGUGGAGGUAGCCAGCACAACGGUGGUCCCACGGACUGGACGGAGCCGAGGAGCACUUACGUCUGCAAGAACUGCAGCCAGAUGUUUUAUACGGAGAAAGGGCUGAACAGCCACAUGUGUUUCCACAGCGACCAGUGGCCGUCACCUCGAGGGAAGCAGGAACUGCAGGGACAAGACAAAGACGGGGAGGAACGAGACAGCAAGGAGAGCAACCAGCAGAGGAAGCGGAAAAAGCGACCCCCACCCAAGUCACUGUUCAUCCCUGCUCUGCCCUCCACGGCUGGGGAACCCUGCCCUGCAGGAUGCCACCAGAGCCGCCUGCGGUCGCCUGUGUUCCUAGUGGACCACCUCCUGAAGGGCUUAUUUCAGUGCUCCCCCUACACACCGCCCCCAAUGCUCAGCCCCAUCCGGGAGGGCUCUGGGCUAUACUUCAACACCCUCUGUUCCAUGUCCACUCAGGCCAGCCCUGACCAGCUCCUCAGCUCCAUGCUCGAUCAAGUGGAUGGGUCUUUUGGCAUCUGUGUGUUGAAGGAUGACACCAAGAUCAGCAUUGAGCCACACAUCAAUAUAGGAAGCCGGUUUCAGGCAGAGAUCCCGGAACUCCAGGAGAGAUCCCUGGCUGGAAUUGACGAGCAUGUCGCUUCUCUGGUCUGGAAGCCGUGGGGAGAUAUGAUGACCAACCCAGAGACACAGGAUAGAGUGACCGAGCUCUGCAAUGUGGCGUGCUCCAGCGUGAUGCCGGGAGGGGGCACCAACCUGGAGCUCGCUCUGCACUGCCUGCAUGAGGCCCAGGGUGACGUUCAGGUCGCCCUGGAGACUCUCCUGCUCCGAGGGCCCCACAAGCCGCAGACGCACCUGCUCGCUGACUAUCGCUACACAGGUUCAGACGUCUGGACCCCUAUAGAGAAGAGGCUUUUUAAGAAGGCGUUCUGUGCCCACAAGAAGGACUUCUACUUGAUACACAAGACGAUCCAGACAAAGACGGUAGCUCAGUGCGUGGAGUAUUAUUACAUCUGGAAAAAAAUGAUCAAGUUUGACUGUGGCCGAGCCCCAGGGCUAGAAAAGAGGGUCAAGAGAGAGCCGGAGGAGGUGGACAGGACAGAGGAAAAGGUCCCAUGCAGCCCUCGGGAGAGACCCAGCCACCAUCCAACUCCCGAGUUAAAGAUAAAGACCAAGAGUUACAGGAGGGAGUCCAUCCUCAGCUGCAGCCCAAACGCAGGCCCCAGGCGGACCCCCGAGCCAUCGGGAAGCGCGGAGAGCCAGGGCAUUUUUCCAUGCAGAGAGUGUGAAAGGGUGUUUGACAAGAUCAAGAGUCGAAAUGCCCACAUGAAGCGGCACCGCCUUCAGGACCACGUGGAGCCCAUGGUCAGGGUGAAGUGGCCGGUGAAGCCCUUCCAGCUGAAGGAGGAGGAGCUGGGGGCUGACAUCGGGCCCCUGCAGUGGUGA